GAAUUGCCCGAAUGUCACGGCUAAUUGUGAAGGGAUUGCCCUCGGACUGUACGGAGGAGAAGCUGCGCGCUCAUUUCGGCUGUUUCGGUUGCAUCACCGACUGCUCGCUGAAGUACACAAAAGAGGGCAAAUUUCGGCGAUUCGCUUUCAUCGGAUUUGAAAGCGACGAAAGCGCUCGGGCGGCACGCCAGCAACUGCACGGCACAUUCCUCGGCCCCUCGCGACUAAUGCGUGAAUUUAUCCUGUGUUUUUAUCUGCAGCAGUGUUGUUCAGGAAUUGGCCGAAUGUCACGGCUAAUUGUGAAGGGGCUGCCCUCGAACUGUACGGAGGAGAAGCUGCGCGCUCAUUUCGGCUGUUUCGGAUGCAUCACCGACUGCUCGCUGAAGUACACAAAAGAGGGCAAAUUUCGUCGAUUCGCUUUCAUCGGAUUUGAAAACGACGAGAGCGCUCGGGCAGCACGCCAGCAACUGCACGGCACAUUUCUCGGCCCCUCGCGACUAAUGGUGGAAGAAUGCAAGCCGUUUGGCGACGAAUCGAAGCCACGUGCCUGGAGCAAAUAUGCUAAAGAAAGCAGAAAACUUGCUAAAAUUUUCAGUGCCUACAAGCGUCUGCAUCCUGAAACUGAGGAAGAGCUUGCUGCAUCGCCAAAAAGUAGCCGUCCAACUUCCAAGAAAGCCAAAAAUGUGCAUGAAUUUCAAGAAGCAACUUCUGAAGGCAUUGUGCCAGCAGCACAGAGUAGCCGGCAUUCCUUGAUCAAUGAACUACUCAGCGACAUAAAAGGCGAUACAUCAUUAUCACUGAUACUACGUGGCCUUGCGAAGUCAGUCAAAGCCAAAAAUAUCAAAGAUUGGCUCAGUCCAAUCAAGCUAAAGGGCGUAAAAAUUGUACGCGAUGAUUUGGAAGCCGCCGCCUUCGUCAGCUUUUUCCAGUUGUCAGAUGCGAAGAAAGCUCUUCGACACAACGGACAAUUCCUUGGUGGAUUUAAGAUAGAAGUAAUGAAAGUACCGGAUGAUUUCGGUUCCGAAAAUCAACCGAACGGUUUCGAGCACGAGGCGAGCGAAUCGGAGAUUGAAGCU